GUGCCUUGCGGGGAAGGCGGCGACACCCUCUGCAGGUGUCCCCGCAAGCCCGUCCCCGUCCCCAUCCCUCCCCGUCCCACCGCCGGCCGGAGCAGAGCCCGGCCGGUGCGCGGAGCCGGUUACUCACCGGGACGAACACCUCGGGCCUUUGGGCCUCCCGCAGCCCCCCGGCCCCCGCCCGCCGAGACCCCCCGCCCCCCCCCCCCCCCCCCCCCCCCCAGUCCCUCCCGUCGCAGCGGGGGCACUUCCCCGGGCCGCCCCCGGCCGCUGCAGCCCGGGGCCAGGCUCGGCCGGGCGGCACCGAGCAGCCCCCCGCAGCCCCCGGUAGCCGGGCUGGGGUUUUAUAUUGGAAAUUAGGGGCAGGGGGAGGAGAUGGCGGGCACGCGGAGCGCUGAGUGUGCGGUGUCAAUCAGAGGGGUUUUGUGUCUCCUCGGCUCCCGAUGGUCCGUGGCUGAGGUGUCCCGGGUGGCACCACAAUGAAUAUGAAUAGGGGUCCUUGCUAAAUGGGACAGUCAAAGCGCACCGCCCUGAAUAAUGGCACGUCAUCCUAACUAGACCAUUAUACAUAGGAGGGCUCCUUUUGUCUCUGCUCUCUGCUGCAGCGCUAUAAAAGCCCCUCUUUUUCAGGCUGAGGUUAGUCCAAGCACACACUAACUAGCCAUCCUGUAAACAGGCUGAGCGGCCGGGGGAGGCUGGCGAGAGGGGGCCGGGGGCUUUUUUUCCUCCUUCCCCAGCGCUCCGAGCCCGCUGCUCGCCCAGCCCGCCGCCCGCCCGCUCCUUUUUCGUUCCUCUUUCGUCGCUUUUCGGAGGGGACUUGCCUCGUUCCGCCACCUCCGGAGCAGGGAAGAGUUUCUUGCUCAGACGCCCGAAUACAAUGAAUUCUGACUCCAGCUCUGUCUCCAGCAGAGCUUCCUCGCCAGACAUGGAUGAGAUGUACCUGAGGGAGCACCACCACCACCACCACCACCACCACCACCAGGACAGCCGGCUCAACUCCGUCUCCUCCACCCAGAACGACCUGGUGCAGAAGAUGGCCGGGGAAGGCCUCUCCAGGACCGGCUCCAAGGCCGGCGGGGAAGGCAGCAAGUACAAAAUCAAGAAGCAGCUCUCGGAGCAGGACCUGCAGCAGCUGCGGCUGAAGAUCAACGGGCGGGAGAGGAAGAGGAUGCACGACCUCAACCUCGCCAUGGACGGGCUGCGGGAGGUGAUGCCCUACGCCCACGGGCCUUCCGUGAGAAAACUCUCCAAAAUCGCCACCCUCCUGCUGGCCAGAAACUACAUCCUGAUGCUCACCAGCUCGCUGGAGGAGAUGAAGAGGCUGGUGGGGGAGAUCUACGGGGGGCACCACUCGGCCUUCCACUGCGGCACGGUGGGACACUCCGCCGGGCACCCUCCCCACGCCGCCGGCACCGUGCACCAGGUGCACCCCAUCCUGGGCACCGCCUUGUCCUCGGCCAACACCUCCUCGUCCCUGCCCGCCUCCCUGCCGGCCAUCGGCACCAUCCGCCCCCCCCACUCCCUGCUCAAGACCCCCUCCACGCCCCCCGCCCUGCAGCUCGGCAGCGGCUUCCAGCACUGGGCGGGCUUGCCGUGCCCCUGCACCAUCUGCCAGAUGCCCCCCCCGCCCCACCUCUCGGCCCUCACCGCCUCCAGCAUGGCCAGGAUCUCGGGGGACACCAAGGACCUGCUCAAGUGAUGCCGCGGGCCCCCCCCCGGAGCCGGCUGGGGCGAGGGGCGAGGGCGACUAGGACCCCCCCGGGGGCGCUGCCCGGCGGCGGCGUGCCCUGGGACGAGGAACGAAGUGAGAGCGACAACGAGCAAGCCCCGCUG